AUGGAGUUCAAGGCCUCUUUGAGAUUACCGUGUGAAGACCCAAAGAUGGUUGCAGCAGCAAUUUCGAGUGAGGAGGGAGAUGUCUGCAGGCCGUCUGAGAAAUAUGUCUACGAGGACAGAUGUCUGGUUGUAGAUGUUUCUGCAAACAAUGCAAGGGAUCUGGGAAAGUCUCUGAAUUCGAUACUCUCAAGGUUUAAGCUGUCCGUAGAGACCAUAGGGUUAUGUAAAAGGCUCGAGGGAAAGGACCAGGUGGAACAAAAAGGCCUUUCUAACACCAAAUGA